AUGAGCACUCCAAACAACUCGAAGGAAGAUGGUGUUCUUGAAGAAACGGUAAAUGAAACGGUUAUUGAGCAAACGCAAUCGCAACCUCAGGAAGCUCCUUCAUCUCACUGCAUGGAUGAUUCUGCGAAGAGGUCGUCCCCACUGGGCUCACCUAAGAGUACACCGCGGACACCACCACCAGCCCUUGAAAACCAUUCUUUCGAUGACCGACUACAUCAAGGCGAUUCUAUCAAAUUCGACUUGAACAAGAGGCGCUCCGCAACGGAUCCUGAGCUGUCAGCAAAAUGUGCAUCAGAAAGUGUUCACGUCAUGCGUAACCGAUACAGAGACAUCUUGCCCUAUGAUCGGAAUCGUGUUGUUCUAUCGCCAUUCGAUGAUAAUUCCAACGGCUACAUAAACGCGUCGUUAAAUGUGAACGGUACUGGCCGGUCGAAUCGGACUAAAGUCUACGCCUGGUUCUGCUAUGAAAUCAGUUUAGAGCGAGAGUUGAAACGUGAGGAGUGGCCAGAUCAUGGCUGUCCUUCGGGUGAAAGUCAGUUGAUCAACAUGAUUGAGAAAAUGGCUGAACUUCAUGAGAAUACAGAAGCGCCAGUAUUGGUUCAUUGUAGCGCUGGUGUCGGUCGUACAGGGACUAUCAUAUCUGUAAAUUACAUAAGAGAAUUGAUUAAAUCUGCAGAGUUGGAAUCUCUUGACCUCUUUGACCUUGUAAUGAAUUUAAGAAAACAAAGAGCUAGUAUGGUGCAGACUCAGGAUCAGUAUCAGUUCGUACACAAGUGUGUUGCGUAUUAUUGUAGAAGACAUCUUGGUAUUCCGCAACCAGAACCUCCAAAAGAUGAUUUGGAUGACUCGUUUUCUGCUCCUUCCCCACUCGCACCUACAUUUAACAGAUCAUUGCAAGAAAACGGCGACCAGCUCAUACAAAUUGAUGACAGCGAUGAUGAAUUUUCCGCACGAGCCGCCUGCUCCACGAGGUCCAGAAGAAUUGGGCAGCGCGGCAAGCUAAGGAAGUCCUUGUUCGAGUCCAGGAAGGUGUCGCAGUUAUGGAAAGUCAUCCGAGAUUCGCGACCAUUCAGAAAUGUUUCCAAGCUCUUUGGCUCACCGUAA